CGAGGGCUUUCCUUCCCUUCCCAGCACCUCUAAACGGGGUUGUUGUCGGGGCAUAUGGCAAAAAGGGUUAAAAUUUAAUUAGAAAACAUCGUGGUAGCUACCGGAGCUUAACGGAGAUUUAUAUAAGCCGCUAAGAAGGACAAGGCUGCUGUGUGAGCUGCUGGUAGGGCUGAGCUACUGCAGCCGCUGGCUGGGCUUCAGGCGCCGGGGACAUGCCUGGGAAUCUGCCCAGGAAGCGCCGUGAAAGAGGAGUUUGUUGGAAGGCUUGACCCUGGCUCCCUGCAACACCCCUGCCCUCCGCCCGCCGUAUAAAGCCGGGCUGCCGUCAUGCCAGGCGUUUGAAGGAGGGAGGGAGAGCCAGCGGGAGCCAGCCAGGACGGGGAUUUUGUUUCGGCGGCGGCGGAGCGAGUCAUGGCUUCGGUGUUCAUGUGCGGGGUGGAGGAUCUGCUCUUCAGCGGCAGCCGCUUCGUCUGGACGGUGACGGUGGCAGCGCUGAGGAGGUGGUACGCUGCCCGCCUGCGGGCUUGCCGGCAAGCCCUGCGAGCGUGGUGUGGCCUCCGGGAUGUCUACCAGAUGACAGAGGGCCGGCACUGCCAGGUGCACCUCCUCGAUGACAGGAACUUGGAGCUGCUGGUUCAGCCCAAACUUUUGUCUCGGGAGUUACUGGAUCUGGUGGCCUCCCACUUCAACCUGAAAGAAAAGGAGUAUUUUGGGAUAACAUUUAUAGAUGAUACAGGUCAGAGUGUCUGGCUGCAGCUGGAUCACCGAGUCCUGGACCAUGACUUGCCCAAGAAACCGGGCCCGGCAACUUUGUACUUUGCCGUUAGGUUCUACAUUGAAAGCAUUUCCUUUCUCAAGGACAAAACUACAGUCGAGCUGUUCUUUCUGAAUGCCAAGUCCUGUGUGCACCAGGGGCAGAUUGAAGUGGAGAGUGAGACCGUCUUCAAGUUGGCAGCUCUGAUUUUGCAGGAAGCUAAAGGGGACUAUUCCAGUGAUGAAAACACUAGAAAAGAUUUGAAGACACUGCCUGUCUUUCCCACCAAGACACUGCAGGAGCAUCCAUCACUCGCUUACUGUGAGGACAGAGUAAUUGAGCAUUAUACACAAAUUAAAGGUCUGACCAGAGGACAAGCCAUUGUUCAGUACAUGAAAGUGGUAGAAGCUUUGCCAACAUAUGGAGUUCAUUACUAUGGAGUAAAGGAUAAACAAGGAAUCCCGUGGUGGCUUGGAAUAAGUUACAAAGGAAUAGGCCAGUACGACUUACAAGACAAAGUUAAGCCCAGAAAACUAUUUCAAUGGAAACAGCUGGAAAAUCUCUACUUUCGUGAAAAGAAGUUUGCUGUGGAAGUACACGAUCCCCGCAGAAUUUCAGUGUCGAGAAGGACCUUUGGCCAGAGCGGACUGGUAGUGCAAACCUGGUAUGCAAACACUUCCCUGAUCAAAUCCAUCUGGGUGAUGGCAAUCAGUCAGCACCAGUUUUACUUGGACAGAAAGCAAAGCAAAGCGAAAAUUCCUUCAGCCAGAAGUUUGGAUGAUAUCGCCAUGGAUCUGACAGAGAUGGGAACACCAAAGGUUUCAAAGUUGGUGACUCUGGAGGCAAAGAACCAGCUUAUUAUGGCCAGCAAUGGCAGUUUGAUCUCAUCAGGCUCUCAGGAUUCAGAGGUCAGUGAAGAACAAAAGAAGGAGAAAAUUAUGGAACUAAAGAAGAAAGAGAAACUUCUUCAGGAAAAACUGCUUCAGAAGGUUGAGGAGCUGAAGAAAAUCUGCCUGCGAGAGGCGGAGCUGACGGGCAAGAUGCCCAAGGAGUAUCCUCUGAGCGCUGGAGAGGAGCCUCCCCAGGUGAGAAGACGUGUUGGCACGGCCUUCAAGCUGGAUGACAACCUGCUCCCCAGUGAAGAGGAUCCCGCAUUGCAGGACUUGGAGAGCAAUUUUAUCAUACAGCAAAAGCUGGUGGAAGCUGCGAAGAAACUUGCCAGUGAGCCAGACCUCUGCAAAAAUGUGAAGAAGAAAAGAAAACAGGAUUAUACUGAUGCUGUAAAAAAGCUGCAAGAGAUAGAAAACUCCAUAAAUGAGUAUAGAAUCAAGUGCGGCAAAAAACCAACCCAGAAAUCAGCUCUUACUCUACCAGAUGAUAUAAUUCCAUCUGAGAGCAGCUCCCUGUCUGAUACAACCACCUAUGAUGAUGUCAGUGAAUCGGUUCCUGUGCCAGCACAGAGACCCAGCUCUGCGCAGCUUUCUCCAAGGCUUCCCCCACCCAAGUCCCUCGGGGUGGAGAGAAAUCAUCUCAGAAAGUCAUCCAUAAACGAGCAGCUCUUGGAAACCAGACACUCCAGGGACCCUCUUUCGACUCACAGCAGUCCGUACCGAACCCUGGACCGGCCGCCCCAGCCCCAUGGAGGGAGAAGCAUGCCCACAACCCCCGUGCUCACACGCAAUGCCUACAGCAGCAGCCACUUACAGCCAGAUGUUUCCCCACACCACUGCCGGCAGCGCAGCGGAAGCCUGGAAUCCCAAACCCACCUGCUGUCCGAGACUCCUGCUGACAAGGCAGCCUUCACCCUCUCCAAGUCCCAGCGAAGCAGCAGCACGGAGAUCCUGGAUGAUGGAUCAUCCUACACCAGCCAGUCCAGCGCAGAGUAUUACUGUGUGACACCUACUCCCAACCCCUAUUACACCACUCAGACGCUCGACAACAGGACCAGGAGUCGAAGACGCUCAAAGAAACACAACAUUUCUGCUGCAAAUUCAGGAAGUAUGCCAAACCUUGCCCAAAAGGAUGUCCGCAACGGUGUCUACCACAAAAGUCAGGAGCAGCCUUCCUCUAGUUACUAUAUUUCCGGAUAUUCCCCAUACACAGAAUCUGAUGCUUAUUACAAUGGAGGCUACGUUUAUGAGAGCGAUACGGAGGGACAGUACAGUGUCAAUCCUUCCUACCGCUCCUCGGCACAUUACGGAUACGACCGUUACAGGGAAUUCAGGUCUUACCACGAGGACGAAGUGGACAGAGUACCGCACAACCCGUACGCAACCCUACGGCUUCCGAGGAAGCAAGUUGCUAAAACGGAGCAUAUAACCAAAAACAUUCACAAGGCCUUAGUAGCAGAGCAUCUCCGGGGUUGGUACCAACGUGCCUCCAGUCAAAAGGAACAGGGUCAUAGCCUGCAGGCGGGCUUUGAGUCUGACAGAGGAUCUCAAAGGAGUUUGGGCUUUGCUGGUCUGCAGGUGCCGUGCUCUCCUACCAGUCGGGUGUCAUCUUUCUCUUCAGCAUCUUCUGCAAACACUGCUGGGAACUGGCGAAACCCACUUGGGCUGGGACUUUCAGACUAUGAUUCGUUAUCUCAUUCCUCAUAUUCCAGCUGUUACGGGAAUGUUUAUGGCAACCUUCCUUUGCAGAGCAGGUGAGUGGAGCAAUAUCAAGAGUUUCUGCCCUUCGUCCUGCAAUUCACAGGCUGUUAAAACUUUUGAGGAAAGCAACUUGAUUUCAAAGGGCCAGGAUGAAGAGUAAUUAUAAAAUCUGCUUUGUGAGAGCUAAGUCCUCUGUGUGUGGAGCAGAUCAGCUGUACCACCACCAACUCUGCCAUGGACACUUGAGGAAGCAGGGAGCAGUCAUAGGGAAGGAUGAGCUCAUUUCUUGCACAGCCUUUGCCUCUGGCUGGUGCUGGACCAUCAAAGGUCUUGUGCUCCCUGGUAGCUGUGAUGCUCAGGGCAGUGCUGAGUCCCUCUCACCCCCUGUGACAGGAGGUGUGUCCUGCACCCCACCAGCAGUCCAGCAAGACAGUCUUGUUGUGUUUCUGAUGCUGUAGCACCCGUGCUGAUAAACUGGGAAAAGAAGGAAAGGAAACAUCUCUCUUCAACCCCAUGUCUUAGUGCAAUGCCCCAUCUGCUGAGCACAUCUCACUUGGAUGUUCCUGCUUCCCAGUGGGAACCAGGUGCUGCUUGAGGGGCUCUCCUGAGGACUGCAGGGAGCCCAGGCUCUGCUUGGUCCUUGCAGAAAUUCCUCCUGCUCUCUAAAUGCCACCGUGUUUGAGGACAGUUGUGCUAAGUGUAGCCAGCUGUAGUAAGUACCCCACAUUCGUGCCUCCUGCUUCAUGGGCUGCAGCUUGUGCUUGCUUUCAUGCUGACUUGCAUGAAAUUGCUGAAUCUUUAAUUUUGUUUGUUUUAAAAUAAAUGAAAGCGUAAGGAAAGAUACAAAAGCUUCUGCUAGAUCCUCAUUUCUAAGAUAAAUGCCAUGGGCUUUUUUUAUUGCAGUGAUUUAAAAGAUCUACAGUAACAGUGUUUAAAAAUAUAGAUUUUGCUAAAUUCUUACAAUUAGGCUUUGGAAACUCUGCUUAUUUUGGCAGCUUUUUCUAUAUAAGGCUUAUUAGCUAUUAAUUUUGCGAAUUGUGAAUCACUUGUUUGAUAGUUCAUCUGCUUUAUUUUCUAUUUAAAUGGGAUUAUGGCAAACGAGCCAUCAGCACAGUCUAAGAAGUCUUGACAAUUUUGAAGCUAAUGGCUUCAAGCUCCA